AUGGCGACAGCUCCAUUUGAGUGGGGCACCGAGGUGCUCACCCCGGAGGUGACCGGUGAUGUUUUGCAGUGCACCUCUCAAUCAGGACUGCAAGGACAAAUCAACUUGUCCGAUAUUCUGGGACUUUUACCCGCAGAAGACUCAUCUUCGAAUCACACCGUCUUGUUUCUCGUGAAGCCAGAAGGUCAUAACCAUGGCGAUUCAAUUGCGGCAGUCGGGCAUCUAGAAAAGACCGUUAUCUCGUGCUUGCCCCCUUCGCUGACGCAAUUCUUGGUCACAAUCCCCGAAUACCUUCAGCAUGCAGAGCCAGUGCAGAUCGUCAUCUCAGUGAAAUCGGGGACAUGCCAAGCCCAGACUAUAUUUCGAGACCUUGUGGAGCCCCUUCUCACCCAACUGAGCGUCAAGUAUGAAGUUCAUGAGACCAAGUCUACCCAGACAAUCACAGAAUUGUGCGAAUCCCGAUUCUUGAAACGGGCUCGCGCGGGCAUUCCUCAGACAAUUGUUCUACUCUCUGGUGAUGGUGGGGUCGUUAACAUUGUCGAUUAUUUCUAUCGACACACCCAAUCUGUUCAGAUACCGCCACAGAUUGCUUUGAUCCCAUGCGGAACCGGCAAUGCGUUGGCCUGUUCUAUUGGAUCGCGGACUGGGCCCUCGUCUGGUCUCAAGUCAUUGAUUCGCGGGACACCAACACCUAUCCCGAUUUUCGCCACGAAGCUCUCCCCUGGUAGCCAGAUGAUUGUUGACGAGGGGCGCCAGAAAGUACCAUUGGGGGAUCCUAACGCGUCACAUCAAACUCUUUAUGGAUCUGUCACAGUGAGCUGGGGCAUUCAUGCAGCGUUGGUUGCCGAUAGUGAUACAGUUGAGUAUCGUAAAUUUGGCAACGAGCGAUUCAAGAUCGCAGGCAUGAAAUUACUGCACCCUCCUGAUGGCAGCGCGCCUCAUAAAUUUAAGGGCAAGGUGACAUACUCCGAAAGAGAUGAUCAGACUGGCGAACUUGCCGAGAAGACCUUUGGAGACGAUGAACAUAUGUACCUGCUUGCAAGUCUUGUUUCUCGUCUUGAGUAUAACUUUGUUGUCUCGCCUAAGUCGGAGCCAUUAGAUGGUUCCAUGUGGUUUAUGGGCUGGGGUCCUAUGUCUGGUGAAGAAGCCACGCGACUGAUUGUUCUUGCUUAUAAGGGAGGUCUGCAUGUGGAGGAGGAAGCUGUCACGUAUGCCAAGUUUGAGAAGCUUCGAAUUGAUUUCGAGGAAGAAUCGGAACAUUGGAGACGGAUCUGUGUUGAUGGCAAUAUUAUCGCUGUGGAGAAAGAUGGCUGGCUUGAGCUAACUAAAGAGCCACGACAGCUCCUCAAUGUCAUCAAGCCUCACUGA